CACGUGAUAAAAAUAGAGUAAUGGCGGCGUCCGCUGCAGCCCGGUCGAGCGUGGGGCUGACUUUGAGAUUUUUGAGAGUUAUACCGGACUGUAGUACAUGUCCACUGUACAGGUUUAAGAGCUGUGUAAACAGUGUUGCUAACAUACCAAGGAGAGGCUCCUUUGAUAGUUUUCGAACGAUAAAUCGACAUUUACAGACGAGUAUAGGUCUUUACCGCGGUGAGGAGGGAAACACCAAUGCAGAGGACCGAGAGGAUGUGGUCAAUGUGGUGUAUAUUGAUCGGUCAGGCCAGAGGAUCCCAGUUAAGGCCAAAGUGGGAGACAAUGUCCUGUAUUUGGCUCACAAACAUGGAAUUGAACUGGAAGGAGCCUGUGAGGCCUCAUUGGCCUGCUCAACAUGUCAUGUCUAUGUGAGUGCUGCACAUUUUGACAAACUGCCAGAGCCUGAAGAGAGGGAGGAUGACAUGCUUGACAUGGCACCUAUGCUUCAGGAGAACUCCCGGCUGGGAUGUCAGAUCAUUCUCACUGCAGAGCUCAAUGGUAUUGAGCUCACUCUGCCCAAAGUCACCAGGAACUUCUAUGUGGAUGGCCAUGUUCCCAAACCCCACUGAGAAUAGGAACCCGAGAAAAAGAAAAACAAGGUGGUGUCAUUGUGAACUAGACACCGUGCGUGCUGGUUGAGUGAGGGGCGUGGACCAUGAAGACAUACAUGGCUAGGAUAGUAAAUCCUGUAGCAACUCCCAAAACGUCUUGCCAGCUGAAUAAUUCCACAUUCCAAUGACAUUACAGGCUUGCAGAUGAGAUGAGGCAGUCACGCACUACACUGGAGGUGAUAUUAAUGGUUACUACAUAACUGUGAUGGUUUAACUGAUCAUAUAUUUAUUUAUGUGGAGUGUUCUCAGACCAUCUUUAAGAUACCAUUCAAUCUCACAAACUAUUGUUGACACACCAGAGAAUUGAAGAUACGUUGCUAUGCAGUUUUUCUUUUUUUAACAAAACCAAUGGUUGUGCUAUUGAAUGGAACAUUCCUUGUUACAGCUCAUAUACGCAAGUAUACAAGUAUAAGUAUCACAAAAUGAUGUUGAUCAUUUCGGCCAGUCCAUAGUUAUUGCACUGACUCACUGGUCGGCGAUUGUAUGCAUAGCAUUUACAUUUUUAUGAACCAUUUCAACUUGUAGAUGUGUUUCUAAGAAUUCGGACUAUAGUCGUAAACCUCAGAGAAGUUUUAUUCUCACAAAAUAGCCAUAUAUUAAAUGUAUCCGCCUGAAGCUUUUGACAAGGCGUGUGUACUCACUAGAAACAUUUCGGAAUAUUCAGCUGAUUUGUGUAUUGAAGGAAAAUGGCAUUUAAACGCACAUCCUCACUGGUGUCAGUGAAUCAGACUUGAUUAAAUGAUCCUGUUCAGGUGCACUCGAACCCAGAACAGAAGGGAGAUAGGUCAGUUUGAGGAUAUAUAUUACCAUAGGAUAAGGAUUUAAGGAUUAAAUUAUCUACUCUUUAUUCAUGUCCACUGUACUUUUCCAACAAGCGCACAAAUAUAAGUGAAUUAUGUAUAUUAUGUCUUAUGAAAUGCAAAUAUUUAAAAUUGUGCAAUAAAAUCAGUUUUAAAUAAGA